AUGUGCCGGAAACGUAGGUCGCUCACACCGGCUGCGGGCUUUUUCUCCCGCACAUUGUUCCGCAGGGCGUUUGACCACAUUAUCCGAAAGGACGCCGAUAAGACGAUACUCGUCACAGUGGAGACGCCCAUAACCAGUAGCGCAGGAGCAUUCGCGAUUCCCGAGGACAACGAGCUGAGCGUGGACGACGACAAAGAGCAGGAGACGAAGAGCGUCGCUGAGAGGGCCGAAGCCAUCUGCAAGGAGAACCAGGUGACGAGCGUGACCAAGGUGUAUCAGGGCGAGGCGAGGGAGGCGAUCUGCCAGGCGUGUGAGGAGAACGAGGCGAGCAUGCUGGUCAUUGGCAGCCAUGGCCACGGGCCCGUCAAGAGAAGCUUCCUUGGCUCCGUCAGCGACUACUGCUCCAAAUACGCUCGGUGUCCAUUGUGGGCUGUAGAGAACCCCCUCGUUGCCUCAGUGGACCGACUGGAGCAAAAGCUGGAGGCGGGAGCAGAGGCCAUCUUACUGCAGCCCCCCGUGGUGCCGGGUGCCGGAUACUUUCCUUUGAGUUCCUUCCCCCUCUUCAUUCACUCCCCCGUCCCCCCAACCUUCCUCUCCACACACACCCAUUUUUCCAAGCAGCUGGAGGCGGGAGCAGAGGCCAUCAUACUGCAGCCCCCGGUGGUGCCGGCAGUGCCAAUGAUUAUCGGCAUGCCUCUCAUCACCUCGCCGCGCAACCUCGCCUUCUGGAUGCUUCUCACCGACGCUAAGGGGGGUGAAGCUGAUGCUGAGAUCGCCAGGUUCCGGCAGGCAGAGGAGCAGGUGGCAGGGACGGGCGAGGUGGAUGUGGAUCAAUUCAGGGCGUUUCGCCAGCACUGGACGGAGCAGUACCUCACGCUUGCCACGCAGCUCAAAGGUGGGGAGCCAAGCAGGUCAGAGGUUCCGCCAGGCAUAGGAGCAGGUGGCGGGGGCGGGCGAGGUGGACGUGGUGGAUGUGGAGCGAUUCAGAUCGUUCCGCCAGCACUGGACGGAGCAGUACCUCAGACUUGCCACGCAACUGAAAGGUGGGGCUUCGGUAUCAGACAAGGGGGCGUGCACACAGAGAGUGCCAUGUUGGUGCUUGCAGGGGCAUCAGGAGUGUAUGUCAUGCCCAUCAACCCGCGUGGAUGGAACGACCUGCGUCGUUCCAUUCUAACCGGCGCGCUCGAACGUUUGCUCGUAUGGGACGUGCGAAAGGGCACGCUGCUACAGCAGCUCUCGCCGCAGCCGGCCGGCGCCGGCUACAGCCAAGGGGGCGGCGCGGGUGCGGCCGGCAGCGCAGCCGGCAGCGUGCAUGAUGCCGUCCCCGCUGUAGCGGACGUGACGGCGAUUUGCCCGUCGCCGGCCGACGCGACGCAGGUGGCGGCGGGGUACACGGACGGUACGGUGCGCGUGUGGAACAUGGUGGACGGCACGUGUAGGACAAGCCUUGCCGGCCACAGGUCGGCUGUAGCAGUGGUGCGGUACAACGCGGCCGGCGCGCUGCUGGCGUCGGGCGGCAGAGACGCGGACAUCGUGGUGUGGGACGUGGCGGGUGAAGUGGGGCUCGUGCGACUGAGGGGCCACAGAGACCAGGUCACAGACCUAACCUUCCUGGAGGGUACAAUGGUGCAGCACCAGUCCCUAUUGGUCAGCUGUAGCAGGGACGCGCAGAUCAAGGUGUGGGACCUCGCCCUGCACCACUGCAUCCAAACCAUUGCCGAGCCUCGCGGCGAGCUCUGGACGCUCGCCGUCCACCCGAGCCUGCCCAGGCUCGUCGCUGCCGGCACCGAACCUGAGGUUCUGGUUUUCCAAAUCAGGGCGGAGAGGGGGUUGUUGGGGGAGGGGGAGGGGGAGGGGGAGGGGGAAGGGGAACCUGGGGAAGGUGUGAAGGUGGAGGGGGAGGCGAACGGGGGAGGGGUCGCCGGGGGAGGAGGAACAGGAGCAGCAAAAGGAAGUGGGGGAGGAGGCGGGGUGGCAGGGCGGUGGGACGUGCUUAUACCGCACGGCAGUAUAAGGAGAGUCGUGGGGGUGGGGCAGGGCGCAGAGCGGGCUUUAAGCGUGCGGUUUGACGGCCCAGGGAAAGUCCUAGCCUGCCAGAGUGCUGGCAAGGCUGUUGCGUUGUUUAGGGUGAGGAGCCCUGGUGAGGCGGCUAGGCAGGCUAAGAGGCGGAGGCGGAGACAGGUGGAGAAGGGGAAAGGGAAGGGGGAUGAGGGGGAGCGAGAGGGUGAGGAGGCAGGGGAGGGAAUGGUGGAGGGGGGAGGAGAAGGGGAGGAGGGAGGGCAGGGGGGGGGGGGAGCGGAAGGGGGAGGGAGGGGCGGGGGUGACUGUGGAGGGGGCAGACGAAUCCACACGAUUCAUGCGGACAGCAGCACCCGGGCGGCAGCGCUGCAGUCUGCCGGCCACCGAUCGGACGUCCGCUCGCUGGCGCUCUCCUCAGAUGGCUCGCUUCUUUUGUCCGUUUCCAAAGGCUCUGCCAAGGUGUGGAACCCUGUGACUGGAGCCUGCCUCUCCUCCUUUGACUCGGGCUACGGCCUUUGCUGCCUCUUCGCCCCUGGUGAUAGAUACGCCAUCGCAGGCACACAAGCAGGCGACCUGGAGGUGUUCUCAGUGGCCAGUGCAGAGCGCACGGCUCUGAUUCAGGCAGCACACGACAAGGCAGUGUGGGCCAUGGCUGCCCUGCCUGAUAACACGGGGUUCGCCACUGCCUCUGCUGACGGCUGUGUGAAGGCAGUGUGGGCCAUGGCUGCCCUGCCUGAUAACACGGGUUUUGCCACUGCCUCUGCUGAUGGCUGUGUCAAGGCCGUGUGGGCCGUGGCUGCCCUGCCUGAUAACACUGGUUUCGCCACUGCCUCUGCUGACGGCUGUGUGAAGUUUUGGGAGUAUCAGAUGCAGCUCAAGGGAUCCGAUGCGGACAAGGAUGCACUGGCGGCAGGGAGGGGUGAGAAGCACUUAACAGUGGUGAACACUCGCACGCUCAAGAUGUCUGACGAUGUGCUAAGUGUGGCGUUUAGCCCCGACGGCCGAUACAUUGCACUCUCGCUCCUCGACUCCACCAUCAAGGUGUUCUUUGUCGACUCGCUGCGUUUCUUCCUCUCGCUGUACGGCCACAAGCUGCCCGCCAUCUGCCUCGACAUCUCCUCCGACUCCCAGCUCGCAGUGUCGGGCUCGGCAGACAAGAGUGUCAAGAUCUGGGGGCUCGACUUUGGGGACUGCCAUCGGUCUCUGUUUGCACACCAGGACAGUGUGAUGAGUGUCAAGUUCGUGCCCCGCACGCACUACUUCUUCUCGUGUGGCAAGGACCGAAGGGUGCGGUACUGGGAUGCUGACAAGUUCCAGCUGCUGCUCACACUGGAGGGGCACCAUGCUGAGGUCUGGUCACUAGCUAUCAGCCCCCUCGGUGACUUCCUUGUCUCCGCCUCGCACGAUCGCUCCAUCCGCCGCUGGCAGCGCACCGACGAGCCCUUCUUCCUCGAGGAGGAGCGCGAGAAGCAGCUCGAAGCCAUGUUUGAAGCCCGAGCAGUGGCGCUACCAACCGACGCACGCCGCCCGGACGGGGGCGACGACGAGGAGGGCGGCGAAGGCGGGGAGGCGACGGGGCCGGGCGGCGCGGCGGGGGAGCUGGGCGGCGUGGGAGGGGCGGCAAGGGGCACGCAGGAGACGGUUUGGGCGGCAGACUCGAUCAUUGAGGCGGUUGAGCUGGCAUCCAUGGAAGAGGCUCGCAUGGUUCCCUUCAUCAAGGACCCCAGCGACCCCACCUCGCUGCUGCCCUCCUUCCAGCCCAACGUGCUGCUCCUAGGCCAUGCGCCAGCGGCCUUUGUGCUGCGAGCUCUCGCCAGAGUCAAGCCGUCGGAGCUCGAGCAAGCGCUGCUGGUGCUGCCCUUCACAGUGGCGCUGCGGAUUCUCCACUUCGCCCCCCACUGGCUGCACCGCCCGCUGCCGCAGCUGGAGUUUGCCGCCCGGGCGCUCGUGUCCCUCGUGCGCAUCCACCACUCGCAGCUCGUCGCCACGCCCACCGCCCGGCCUCUAUUGGCUGCUGUCCACACUCUCUUACGUGCUUCACUCAAGGGCGCAGUGGCAACAGUGGGAUGCAACUUGGCUGCUAUCAGCCACAUCAAGGCAUCCAUAGAGGGGGGGGAUGGCACAUGGAUGGCUGAGAGGGCGUCCAUAGAGGGGGGAGACGGCACGGGCAUGGCUGAAAAGGUGAAAGAGAUUAGGGAGCGGCUGGCCAAGGGGCGCAACGCGGUGGUUGCAGAGAAGCUGCAGAGGAGCAAAGCAGAGAAGCGCAAGCGCAAGGCGGAGAAGCAAAAGGUGAAGAGUUGA